CACAUGAAAAUGACCCAGCAAAUGCAGAGCUUGCAGCUUUCCCAGGCGAAAAAGAGCAACCCCCCGUCUUCUCCUAAUGCUGCGAAGCGACUCUAUCGGAACCUCUCAGAAAAGCUGAAGGGAAGUCACUCAUCUUUCGAUGAGGCGUAUUUCAGAACCAGAUCAGACCGUCUCAGCCUCCGAAAGGCUUCAAUGAACUUCCAGGCCAGCGAGGCCAUGUUUGAGGCUGUGGAACAGCAAGAUGUGGAUGCUGUCCAGAUACUCCUCUAUCAAUUCACACCUGAGGAACUGGAUCUCAACACCCCUAAUACUGAGGGAUUGACGGCCCUGGACGUCGCCGUCCUGACAAAUCAUGUGCCUAUUGCCAAGAUUCUUUUGAAAGUUGGGGCAAAAGAGAGUCCACACUUUGUCAAUAUGGAAAGCAGGUUGAUCCAUCUGAGCAGCUUGGUACAAGAAGCCCAGCAACGAGUGAAUGAUUUGUCUGCACAAGUGAUGAGUGAAGGGCUCGGUACAGACAAUGCAGAGAAAGAGAAACAGCGGAAAGCCUGGGAGUGGAGAUACCGGCUCUACAAGCGCAUGAAGGCAGGCUAUGAACACUCCAGAGCCCCAGAGGCACCAACCAACGUCUGCCUCAUGGUAACAAGCAGUACAUCACUCACUGUCACCUUCCAAGAACCUCAUAGCAUCAACUCAGCGGUGGUGACCAAAUACAAAGUGGAGUGGAGUACUUUGGAAGACUUUUCUCCUUUGGCAGGGGAAAUCAUCAUGGAUAAUCUUCAUUCUUUGAGGUGCAAUAUCACCAGCCUAACAAUGGGCCGAAAUUAUUAUGUCCGAGUGUCUGCUUUUAACAUGAAAGGCUGGGGGCCGCCUCAGACUUCCACACCUCCCUGCGCUUCUCCUUCAAACUGGAAAGACUAUGAUGGCAGGGAGCCUAGGCACAGGGGACAGAUUGAAGCUCUGGAACGUUUACUGCAGCAGGUUAAAGCCUCUCAUCAGAGUUACAGUUGCCGAGAGAGUUCUAAACUGCAAAACGCGGGUCGUAAACAAUCCGUCUCAAGAAGCCUGAAGCAUCUCUUUCAUUCUUCAAACAAGUUUGUGAAGACUUUGAAACGAGGGCUCUACUUAGCUGUGAUAUUUUAUUAUAAAGACAACAUGUUAGUAACCAAUGAAGAUCAGAUCCCCAUUGUGGAAAUUGACGACUCUCACACCAGCUCCAUUAUGCAAGAUUUUCUGUGGUUCACAAAGCUGUCUUGUAUGUGGGAUGACAUCAGGUGGCUGAGGCAGAAUAUGUCUGUCUCCAUGUCCUCGUCCACAGCACUUCAAGCCAGGCAGAAGAUGCUCGCUGCAACAGCCCAGUUACAGAAUCUACUGGGUACACACAACUUGGGUCGAAUCUAUUAUGAACCCAUUAAGGACCGGCAUGGCAAUAUCAUCAUUGUUACCAUAAGGGAAGUAGAGACUCUCUAUUCCUUUUUCAAUGGAAAAUGGAUGCAGAUAUCCAAGCUACAAAGCCAGAGAAAAUCCCUUUCGACACCAGAGGAACCCACGGCAUUAGACAUCUUGCUAAUCACAAUCCAGGAUACACUGUCCUAUCACAGAAGGAGUCAACAGCGCCUGGCUCCUGGCCUGUAUUUGGGCUACCUGAAACUCUGUAGCUCGGUGGAUCAGAUAAAAGUACUUGUACUGCAAAAGCUGCCUAAUAUUCUGUGUCAUGUUAAAAUCCGAGACAACAGCAAUGUGUCCAAAGAAGAGUGGGAAUGGAUCCAAACCCUCUCUGGCUCAGAAUCUGUGGAAAAUACGGAUCAUUCCGCAGAGUGUCCAACGCGGCUGUUCUUUGAGCUCCAGGUGGCAGUGAAAGCUCUCCUCAAGCAGAUCCAUCUACCUCUCCAGCAGGCAAAGCUCUUCCGUCUCUACACACAGGAGGUGUUGGAACUGGGUCACAAUGUGUCCUUUCUUCUCCUGCUCCCUGCCUCAGACGACGUCUGCACUGCCCCGGGACAGAAUAACCCUUACACUCCGCACUCAGGAUUCCUUAACCUCCCUCUUCAGAUGUUUGAACUCGUUCAUUUUUGCAGUUACAAGGAGAAAUUUAUUGGUCUGUAUUGCCGCCUUUCUGCUGUCAUUGAGCUGGAUUUUCUGAGCACCCAGCAGUCCCUGAGGGAGGCAAUUUCAGACAGUGAAGUCGCUGCUGCUAAACAAAGACACCAGCAAGUCCUAGAUUACAUACAGCAAAUUGAUGAGAUUUGGCGUGAAAUGAGAUGGAUCAAUGAAGCACUACAGUAUGCAAGGUACAAACAGCCGGCGGCUGGCUUGCCAAUAAUGAAGAUGGUGGAUCUGUCUGAAGAACAAUUACAAAAGAAGAUAAGCUCAACAUCCUCCCAUCUCGACUGUCUUCCAUCCCUGCCACCCUCACCAGAGACAGAGACCCAGCGGAGAAAAGCCGUGAGUGAUUCCCAGCCCUACUCAGAUGAAGAAGGCUGCUCCGAAGUGUUCCUCCCAACUGACAGUGACUAUGACUCUAGUGAUGCCUUGAGUCCCCGGGAGCUGGAUUUGGUUUAUUCAUCCUCGCAGGACAUAUCCCAACAGGCAGUGAGUUGCCUGAGUGGUAGCGCCCCAGACGUUCUCCAGGUCCAUGACAUCAAACCUUGCCUGACACCAAAACAAAACCCAAGGGGAGGAGGAGGAGGAGGAGGAGGAGGAGGAGGAGGAGGAGGAAGUGCUUUAGAGACAGAAGUUGACCAAUCCUCUGAGUCCAUGCAAAGCUUGUCAAUUGGAGGGCUGUCACCAAAGUACACUGAAAAAACUCCUGGCUCAAGGCAAACCUUGAACUUUUUAGGCAAGAAAAAACAUGGGAAACAUCAGCACUACAGCUACUUCAGCCGACACCACCGCUGGCUGCGUGUGCAUAGUGAGAGCCAGUCUCUCUCUCUCUCUGAGGGUGUGUAUACACCUCACCUCACACGAGCCAUGGAGUUCGCACAAGAGUCUGCUUCUGGUGAGCAGAUAAGCAUCUCGAUCGAUGGCCCCCGAAGCACUUUCUUACCUCAUGCUUCAAGCCUUCCAGAAGAAGGGAAAGGCAAAUACCAGGAGCUGAGGCCGAAUGUCCGCAGGAUAUUUGUUGAGCCUUACAAGACCUUGCUGCCCAGUGAAGAUGGUCAGUCAUGGGCACUGAGCAACCAGCCAGUGGAACACGAGGCUUCACAGAGUCCCACAGAGCAAGGGAUGGUUCCGGAAGAUCUGUCCAACUCUAGCUUCACUGAAGUAUUCAGUAGCAAUCUUUAG